AUGAGAGAAAUCCUCCAUGUUCAAGCUGGUCAAUGUGGCAACCAAAUUGGAGGCAAGUUUUGGGAGGUGAUGUGUGAUGAACAUGGGAUUGAUGCCACUGGAAAUUACAUAGGGGAUUCUCAUCUUCAACUUGAGAGGGUUAACGUGUACUACAAUGAAGCAAGUGGAGGACGCUACGUCCCUCGAGCUGUGCUUAUGGACCUUGAACCAGGGACCAUGGACAGCCUUCGAUCUGGUCCUUAUGGGAAAAUUUUCAGGCCUGAUAACUUUGUGUUCGGUCAAAAUGGAGCUGGAAACAACUGGGCCAAAGGGCAUUACACUGAAGGAGCAGAGCUUAUUGAUUCUGUUCUUGAUGUUGUUCGUAAAGAAGCUGAGAACUGUGACUGCUUGCAGGGGUUUCAAAUUUGUCACUCACUGGGAGGUGGAACUGGGUCUGGAAUGGGUACCUUGCUUAUCUCAAAGAUCAGAGAAGAGUACCCAGAUAGGAUGAUGUUGACAUUCUCAGUGUUCCCGUCUCCUAAGGUCUCUGACACAGUAGUUGAACCCUACAAUGCCACUCUCUCUGUUCACCAACUUGUUGAGAAUGCAGAUGAAUGCAUGGUCCUUGAUAAUGAGGCACUCUAUGAUAUCUGUUUCAGAACACUCAAGCUAACAAAUCCAAGUUUUGGUGAUCUGAACCAUUUGAUCUCAACAACAAUGAGCGGAGUAACGUGCUGCCUCCGCUUCCCCGGCCAACUAAACUCCGACCUCCGGAAGCUCGCCGUGAACCUCAUCCCCUUCCCUCGGCUCCACUUCUUCAUGGUGGGUUUCGCGCCGCUAACCUCCCGCGGGUCCCAGCAGUACCGCUCCCUCACCAUCCCGGAGCUCACCCAGCAGAUGUGGGACGCGCGCAACAUGAUGUGCGCCGCUGACCCCCGCCACGGCCGCUACCUGACGGCAUCGGCGAUGUUCCGCGGGAAGAUGAGCACGAAAGAGGUGGACCAGCAGAUGAUAAACGUGCAGAACAAGAACUCGUCGUAUUUCGUUGAGUGGAUUCCCAACAACGUGAAGUCCAGCGUCUGCGACAUUCCCCCCACCGGCCUCUCCAUGUCCUCCACCUUCAUGGGCAACUCCACCUCCAUCCAGGAGAUGUUCCGCCGUGUCUCCGACCAGUUCACUGUCAUGUUCAAGAGAAAGGCUUUCUUGCAUUGGUACACCGCCGAGGGCAUGGAUGAGAUGGAGUUCACUGAGGCUGAGAGCAACAUGAACGACUUGGUGGCUGAGUACCAGCAGUAUCAAGACGCCGCCGCCAUGGAAGAGGGAGAGGUUGAUGAGGAAGAAGAGGAUGACAUCCCUGCAUGA